AUGGCAUCCAAAUCCCUCAUCACCUUCAUCCUCGCCCUCUUUGUGGCCUUGUGCUUCGUCCUCGCCCCGGGGGCGGACGCUGCCAAGGGCCCUGUCAUCACCAACAAGGUGUACUUUGAUAUUGAGCAUGGAGGCAAGCCUCUCGGCCGAGUCGUCAUGGGUCUUUACGGCAAGACCGUCCCCAAGACUGUCGAAAACUUCCGUGCCCUUGCUGCUGGCAAGAACUCUGAAGGCGAGGACCUCGGUUAUGGCUACGAGGGUUCCAAGUUUCACCGAAUCAUCAAGAACUUUAUGAUCCAGGGUGGUGACUUUACCAAGGGCGACGGUACUGGCGGCAAGUCUAUCUACGGUAACAAGUUUGCCGAUGAGAACUUCAAGCUCAAGCACACUGGUCCCGGUACUCUCUCCAUGGCCAACGCCGGUAGGGACACCAACGGCAGUCAGUUCUUCAUCUGCACCAUCAAGACCUCUUGGCUCGAUGGCAAGCACGUCGUCUUUGGCCACGUUAUUGAGGGUUUGGACGUCGUGAUGGCUAUGGAGGCUGUCAAGACCGGCCGAGGCGACAAGCCCGUUGAGGAGGUCAGGAUUGCUGCUUCUGGCGAGCUUCCCAUCGAACACGAGACCGACGAGUCUGGCAACCAGGUACCUUUCCGUCUUGAGCUCUAA